AGAAGAAGGCAGGGCGGAAGUGGUAUUUAGCUGCAACAACAACAGAACAGCUGUUAGCCUCAUUAGCUUCUGUUAGCUUCUGUUAGCCUCUAGCUGCUAGCCGUUAGCUCUUCUCUCUGCAGCAGAACCUGUAGUAUCCAGUAGAGCCUGAUCACUCCACCAGAACCAGAACCAGAACCAGAACCAGAACCAGACCUCCUGAUGGAAUCCUCCAACAUCCCGAAGAGACGAGACAACAAGAAAUCCCUGAGAGUCAAAGUGAUCAGCCUGGGGAACGCUGAAGUAGGAAAAAGCUGCAUCAUCAAACGCUACUGCGAGAAGAGGUUCGUUCCCAAGUACUUAGCCACGAUCGGCAUCGACUACGGCGUCACCAAGGUUCAGGUUCGUGACAGAGAAAUCAAAGUGAACAUCUUCGACAUGGCCGGUCAUCCGUUCUUCUACGAGGUGCGUAACGAGUUCUAUAAGGACAGCCAGGGCGUGCUGCUGGUCUACGACGUCGGCCUCAGGGAAAGCUUCGACGCCCUCGACAGCUGGCUCGGAGAGAUGAAACAGGAAAUGGGCUCUCAGGCCAACAUGGACAGCAUCGUGUUCAUCGUUUGCGCCAACAAGGUGGACCUGACGAAGCGGCGGGUGGUGGACGAGGGCGAGGGCCGUCUGUGGGCGGAGUCCAGAGGCUUCACGUACUUUGAGACGUCGGCGCAGAGCGGCGAGGGAAUCAACGAGAUGUUCCAGGCGUUCUUCUCCUCCAUCACCGACAUGUGUGAGAACGGAGGGAAGCGCCCAGUGGCCGAGGUCAGCGUCGGCUUCACCAAGGAGCAGGCCGACACCAUCCGACGCAUCCGGAGCAGCAAAGACUCAUGGGACAUGUUGGGGGUCAAACCUGGAGCCACGCGGGAGGAGGUGAACAAGGCGUACAGGAAGUUGGCGGUGCUGCUGCACCCGGAUAAGUGCGUUGCCCCCGGCAGCGAGGACGCCUUCAAGGCGGUGGUGAACGCCCGCACCUCGCUACUCAAGAACAUUAAAUAACAGCCACCUGAUUGGACCUCUCAGACCAGGACUGACCAGGACUGACCAGGACUGACCAAUCACAGCCGCCGUACCGACAGUGUUUAUUUAUUACUCUCUAUAUUUAUAUUUAUAUGUAUUGAGCGUCUCGUGUGCCAUGCUGCCGCCAUGCUGCCGCCAUGCUGCCGCCACAGUGCUGUCUGCCAACCGAACGUCUAACCUUCAGUUUCCACCUGGAACUCAUUUAUCACCUUUUAUCUCCACCGUACGGAAGACCAAGAGCGCCACAACCAACAGGAAAAUAUUUCCCUCUGAGAUUAACGUCACGAUUAUAAAACAAAUCUUUAAAUUCUUCCAAAUCAUCAGAUCAAAUUUAAACUCAGAGAUUAAAGUUAGAAUUCUGGGAUUAAAGUCCAAUUUAGAUUUAGUCAGAAAUCUGAGAAUAUAAAUAUGUCAAACAUGUCGAUUACAAAAAGUCAUAACUCUAAAUCUAAAGUUAUAUUCUUCAAUUCAAGAACUUGGAAGGAAAAAAGUUCACAUACAUUAUGAGAUUCAGAGAAUAAAGUUAAAAUUUUUAGAUUUAAAUCAAGUUUCGAAAUUAAAAAUGAAAUCUGAAUUCUGAGAUUAAAAAUCUAAAUUUUUAGAUUUUGACAGAAUUUUUAGAAACAUGUCGAAACGUGUCGUAUUUAAAAAAAAAAAAAAGAGUCAUAACUAAAUCUAAAGUUAUAUUCUUAAAUUCCAGAACUUGGAAGUAAAAAAGUAAUAAUAAUAAUAAUGAACUGAGAAGUUGUGAUUCUGAUUGAAAUCAGAAGUUUCAGGUUAAAGUCCAAAUUUUAAAUGAAACUUAAUUCUGAGAAAAAAGUAGUAAUAAUAAAAGAAUCUGUUCAUAUCUAUAGAUAAAAGUCAACAUUUUAAUUUAAUGUUGAAUUUAAAGGAGAAAAAAGUUUUAAUUGUGAGAAAGAAGUCGUAAUAAAUCAUAACUGUGAGAUUAAUCUCAGAUAUUAGUUUGCCGUUGACCUUCGUCCUGUUGACGACGUCAGCAGAGCGGCGGGUCAAAGGUCAAAGGUCAGUGUUUAAA